AUGAAUAUCAUUAAUUUACAGCUGCUCGAAAUAUCGGAAUACAUUUGGGAUUUGAAUGCCUUAGUAGAAUUAAAAAUGAGUCACAACAUAUUGAGAUAUUUACCACAGGGUAUUGAAAAGGUUCGAAAUCUUAGUAUUUUGGAUUUGUCACAUAACAUGUUAAUGUAUCUGCCAAUAGGAAUCGUUAAGUUGCAAUUGCAAACUAUAGAUAUUUCAAUGAAUCCAUUAGUAGUCAGUCCACCAAUUUGGAUUAAUGAGAUAAUAUUCCCAAGCCUUAUUCAGUAUUCAGCAAAAAUUCUGCAUCAAUAUUGCAGAGAUAAACAUAUAUUUUUUCGAUAUGAUCAAUUCAAUGAAUAUAUAAGUAGAAAAAAAAUUGGUAAUUGUUUCUUCUGUGGAAACAUUUGUACAUCUCCCUACGUAUACGCAGCGCAACCUGUACUACCUAUAUUUGAAAUAGCUGCAACCGUAAUAAGAGAGACAUCAGAAAUGCCAGUAGUAUUAUAUGAAUAUUACUCUUGCUAUCCUAUAUGUAAUGAUAACUGA